GCACUGCGGGCUGCGCGGCUUGUAACUAGCGCAUGCGCACAUACAAAUCCCCAGAAGCAGCAGCAGCAGCGGCAGCUCAGGUCAGCCAGUCCAGUCAGCAGUCAUCCACGCAGCUACCUAUAUCCCCUUUUCUUAAAUUAGCCACUUUAAGCUUCGCGAUACCGCCCCCAAUUUCAGCGUCGGUACGGAGCCGCCAGGCCGGGACAGAGACGGAGAGAGAGGCCUCGGCCAUGGAAGCGCUCGGACCCGGCCCGCCCGCCCCUACCUCUCUGUUUCAGCCUCCACGGCGUCCCGGCCUCGGCACGGUGGGGAAACCCAUCCGGCUCCUUGCCAACCACUUCCAGGUGCAGAUUCCCAAGAUUGAUGUCUAUCACUAUGAUAUCGACAUCAAGCCUGAGAAACGACCUCGAAGGGUCAACAGGGAGGUGGUCGACACCAUGGUGCGGCACUUCAAGAUGCAGAUCUUUGGAGACCGACAGCCGGGAUACGACGGGAAGAGGAACAUGUACACAGCGCACCCACUGCCAAUCGGACGAGACCGGGUGGACCUGGAGGUGACCCUGCCCGGCGAGGGGAAGGACCAGACCUUCAAGGUGUCCCUGCAGUGGGUGUCUGUGGUCAGUCUUCAGAUGCUGCUGGAGGCCCUGUCGGGUCACCUGAACGAGGUGCCUGAAGACUCGGUGCAGGCUCUGGAUGUCAUCACGCGACACCUUCCCUCCAUGAGGUACACUCCGGUGGGGCGCUCGUUUUUCUCGCCUCCGGAGGGCUACUACCAUCCUCUGGGCGGAGGCAGGGAGGUGUGGUUCGGUUUCCAUCAGUCCGUCCGUCCUGCCAUGUGGAACAUGAUGCUCAACAUCGAUGUGUCGGCCACAGCUUUCUACCGCGCCCAGCCCGUCAUCGAGUUCAUGUGCGAAGUGCUCGACAUCCAGAACAUCAACGAACAGACCAAACCGCUGACCGACUCGCAGCGCGUCAAAUUCACCAAGGAGAUCAGAGGCUUGAAAGUUGAGGUCACACACUGUGGUCAGAUGAAGAGGAAGUAUCGUGUCUGCAACGUGACGCGUCGACCUGCCAGCCACCAAACAUUCCCCUUACAGCUCGAGAACGGCCAGGCCAUGGAGUGCACAGUAGCUCAGUAUUUCAAGCAGAAGUACAAUCUGCAGCUCAAAUAUCCACAUUUACCCUGUUUGCAAGUGGGACAGGAACAGAAGCACACGUACCUUCCCCUGGAGGUCUGUAACAUCGUAGCAGGUCAGCGCUGCAUCAAGAAACUGACGGACAACCAAACGUCCACCAUGAUUAAAGCCACGGCUCGCUCGGCCCCCGACCGGCAGGAGGAGAUCAGCCGACUGGUCAAAAGCAACAGCAUGGUCGGGGGCCCGGACCCCUACCUGAAAGAGUUUGGCAUUGUGGUGCACAAUGACAUGACCGAGGUGACCGGGCGUGUCCUCCCAGCGCCCAUGCUGCAGUAUGGGGGCCGGGUGAGUACAGACACAGGGCGGGACUGUGGCAGGAAUAAGACGGUGGCUACGCCCAACCAGGGCGUGUGGGACAUGAGGGGGAAGCAGUUCUACGCCGGCAUCGAGAUCAAGGUCUGGGCCGUGGCCUGCUUCGCCCCCCAGAAACAAUGUCGGGAGGAUCUGCUCAAGAGCUUCACAGACCAGCUGCGAAAGAUCUCGAAGGACGCUGGGAUGCCGAUUCAGGGGCAGCCGUGUUUCUGUAAAUACGCCCAAGGAGCCGAUAGCGUGGAGCCCAUGUUCAAACACCUCAAGAUGUCCUACGUUGGUCUGCAGCUGAUCGUGGUCAUCCUGCCCGGAAAAACGCCGGUUUAUGCGGAGGUGAAGCGGGUCGGGGACACGCUGCUCGGCAUGGCCACCCAGUGCGUCCAGGUGAAGAACGUGGUGAAGACAUCGCCUCAGACGCUCUCCAACCUCUGCCUCAAGAUCAACGCCAAGCUGGGAGGCAUCAACAACGUCCUGGUUCCUCAUCAGAGGCCGUCGGUGUUCCAGCAGCCCGUCAUCUUCCUCGGCGCCGACGUCACACAUCCUCCGGCGGGUGACGGGAAGAAGCCGUCCAUUGCGGCGGUGGUCGGCAGCAUGGACGGCCACCCCAGCAGAUACUGCGCCACCGUGAGAGUCCAGACGUCUCGGCAGGAUAUGUCCCAGGAGCAGCUUUUCAGUCAGGAGGUGAUCCAGGAUCUGACCAACAUGGUCCGAGAGCUGCUCAUCCAGUUCUACAAGUCGACCCGCUUCAAGCCGACGCGCAUCAUUUACUAUCGCGGCGGCGUUUCUGAGGGACAGAUGAAGCAGGUCAGCGUUUCUUCCUGCUCGCCUGCAGCUUAUUUUUGUCGCGUUUUGUUGUGAAAGACGCA